UCCUCAGGAGCCCUCCACGGGUCUGAGUUGGCCUACCUCUUCGCCCCGUCUGCCUACAGAAAGAUCUUCAACCUCCCUCUUACCUAUCCCGAGGAACAGAUCAGCCACAGUCUGAAGAAGAUGGUGUUAUCCUUCGCUAGUAACGGGAUCCCGUUCUUCGGGCAGCCUAACUCUGGUUGGGGUCGCUACACUCCUCAGACGCCCAACUUCGCGUUGCUGGAGACCAAACAGGUCCACCAGGGCUACCAGCUGCACCAGGUGGCCUUCUGGAACCAAAUGCUGCCCGAGCUAGCUCAACUGUCCUGCCUCGACCCCACCGUGAGACCCACCACUCGCCCCACCACACAAGACUCCACCAGUGAGUCUCAGAUCAUCACACCAGGAGCGAGCAACGUAUCGUAUCAGUCAGCGAUGUGGGUGCUGGUGGCGGUGAUCCUCCUGCUCGUCGCCAUCAUCAUUGCUUACAUUGUGUGCUCCAGGCGUCGCCAGAUGCUCGACUCCAGCACCCUGCGAGACCAAUGACAGACGGAAACGAGGAGUGGUGAGCGAGCUGUGUACAGGCAAACCCCAGGAACACUGAAUGACCGCAAGGGGGGAAGAGGAGGAGGGUAUCCAGGGCCUUCCAGCACUCCUGGAACCUUGGAACGAACAGAGGAGAUUGUAGAGCGCCCCACAUCGUCAAGAUUCACUCACUUUGGGUCAGUUCGAUUUGAGAGACGAGAUCCUGACGGUUUCGACGCUACCGAUAGUUUACCCUCAAGUAUCCCUACUUUCGUUUCGAGGAAUAACCCCCUAUUGAGGCUGGCGUCACUCGGAGAAGAACGGUCGACCGCACAACAAAACGACCAUCCAGAUUCGAUCGCAGAGCGCAAAGUGAAACUGUCGAGCUUCCCCAAAGAUAACUACUGGUUCAGAUCUCAGAAGGACCGUGAAGAUUCAGUCAUGGAGACGACCGCCGAAAUGAUAUAUGAUAACCGGGAGGAGGGAGGUCGGCGUCCUAGUGCAAUCUUCUAUGUGCAGGACGAUGACGCUUCUUCCUCCUAAAGGUCUUCCUCCUGCUGAAGGUCUUCCUCCUGAAGAUCGUACAGCUGCUGACGAUCAACUUAAACUAUCAAUAGUUUGAUAGAUCUCCACAACCGAACAGUAGAAAAUAUAAAAUCAUGCCUGAAUGAGCUCGUUCGCCACUUCUCGUUGCUAUUAAAAGUUAUAAUACAAUACAGUAUUAGUUAGCUACGAGUUGAGUGUUUUGUUUUAGUGUGUGGUGUUAGAUUUGUAUUUUUGUUCUUUAUUUUCUCGUGACUUUUGCUCAUGAGAUAUGAUAGACAUAUUAUGUAGGCUUUAGUUAUUUAUUACUUAUGUAAAUUGUGAUUAUAAUAGUUAUAUUGUGUGUAUGUGGUAACAUCAGAGAACAGUAUUACCAGCGGCUAGCAGUGACUUGUUAAUGUGCAAUCUCUAUGACAUACAUAGAACCAAAGACAUUUGUACAAGGGGUUUAAUGAUAGUCCAAGUUGGUUAUGAUCUGUCGAGUUGUUGCCAGUGAUCUCUGGUGAUGUAUUUAUCGUUGAUAUUACCAAAUGAAUGAAAUGUAUUUGCCCACAAUGAAAUAUUUAUUGAUGUGAUGUGAUGAAGGGCGGAGGAAUUCCCUCUACAACGACACCUGUAAUUAUUGACAGCUUAUGUUUGUGCUUUUGUGUUGAACUCCUUUAAGAAUAUUUUUAUAUAUAUUUAAUUACUUUAUUAUUAUGUAAAACGUAAGAAGGGAGAAGGACGUGUCAUCUCCCAACACUUUUAGAAGUUGACCAAAAACAACCUUCCUACCAGUGCCAUCUCAGAAAGCCUAUUACUGAUACACGGUGCAUUGUGAAGUGUGAGAGUUGUGACGUGAUGUAAUGAGGUGGAGUAAAUCACUACGAGUAACGUCAUAAAGACUAACACAUUGACUGACGUGUUUGUUCAUCAGAGUCAACUGGUACAUAGAUAUACAAGUGGACACUGUUGUAGAAGAACAUUUGUGUUACAUAAAUUUAGUCUUCAUUUUUAUAUUGACACGUUAGUAGUUGUUUCUGUAGUAAAGGAACACAAGUGAGCGAAGUUUCUGAAAUUUGUUUCUCGAUAAGAAAUUGAAAGAAUAUAGCUUAUGGAAAUAAAUUAAAGUGUAAGUAUAUUAUGCGACUACUGUACUUAUUGCGAUAAUGAUGUUAUUAAAUCGUCUUAACAAAAAUAUGAUUUUUUUCUUUAUUGUAACGAUCUAACACUGGGUUUUGUGUGAGCUUUGUAUUAAGAUAUUCUGUGUGGUCAGACGUCAGUUGAGCAUGACUUAGUGACUCGCUGGUGCACUGAUUGUCAUUAGCGAAGAGGAUAAAUUUUGCAAAGAAAUCUUGGUGAAAUGGGCCUUGUUUUUAGCGAUAAUUGAACCAUUUUUUGACGUUUAUUUAAUGUUUUUCAUAAGAUUUUUUUUCAAGAGUAAACUAGUGGCUUACUUUUUAUCAGGAUAUGAGUAGACAGUAAGAGAACUGUCUCAU